AUGAUGCUGCGCUGCUCCGUCCUCUGCUCGCUGCUGCUGGCGCUCAGCUCCGCCGCUGUGAUGCGCGUGCCCAUGAUCAAACGCAGCGAUGACGAGUUCGUGUCCUCUCUGCUGCACGACGUGCACGCCAUGCAGCGUCCCGUCGUCUGGAGUCCUGACGCAUCCCCAAUUAAUAACCAAAACGAAGGCCAAUCCACUGUAGAGGGCUCUGCCAGCGUCGUGAUCCGCGACUUCCAGAAUGCUCAGUACUAUGGAGAGAUCUCCAUCGGGACGCCGCCUCAGCCGUUCGCCGUCAUCUUCGACACAGGCUCGAGCAACUUGUGGGUACCCGACAAGAAGUUUGGCUCGCACAAUGUGUACGACCACGACAAGAGCAGCACGUACAAACCCAACGGUACAGCCUUCGACAUCAUGUACGGUAGUGGUCCCGUGUCGGGCUUCCUAUCACAGGAUAAAUUGGAGUUAGGCGGUCUUACAGUACCCGACCAGUACUUUGCUGAGGUGAACGUGACCAAGGGUCUGGGUCCGGCCUAUUACCUGGGCAAAUUCGACGGCCUCUUCGGUCUGGCCUUCGACACGAUCAGUGUGGACCACCUCAAGACCCCGUUCCAUCGCAUGGUCCAGGAGGGUCUACUGGACGAGCCCGUCUUCGCCUUCUAUCUGGGUGACCAGAAGGAUGGCGAGUUGACGUUUGGAGGAGUGGAUAAGGCUCACUACAAGGGAGAAAUCGAAUAUGUUGAUGUCACUAGUGCCACGUACUGGUCGGUCAAGCUCGGCCAUUGUGGACUCUGGCACCUCGCUCAUCGCUGGACCGAGGAUCAGGUGGCCAAGUUGGCGGCGCUGGUGGGUGCACACAAAUUCAUCAUGGGCGAGUACCUCAUCAGCUGCACCGCUGCGGCUCCCGACAUCUCGUUCGUUCUCAAUGGCAAGACCUACACGCUGACCAAGGAGGAGUACACGCUCAAGAGCGGCCCCAUCUGUCUCUUCGCCUUCAUGGGAAUUGACAUCCCAGCCCCCGCUGGCCCGUUGUGGAUCCUGGGCGACGUCUUCAUGCGCAAGCACUACACAGUCUUUGACUGGGGCACCGACUCUCGCAAGCCUCGCGCAGCGCAACUCAGCGUGCUGGCGCUGCAAGCAGAUGCACUCGAACAUGAUGAAGCGGUGCGCCAGGAGCUCAAGCGUAGCGGCUUUGUCGUAAGGCAACAGGCUUUGGUUCAUCUGUCGAUUGAUGCAGCACGACAGUUUGUGCUGGAAGUAUGCAAUCCACACAGCGCAAUGUAUCGACCGCCACCACUGGAGGAAAAUGAGGACGAAAAACUACAAGCAACUUCUGAGCAACAUGAUGCAGUUAGUCGAGCUUCGAAUGUUAAAGCCAACUUGGAGAUGACAGAAGAGGACAAUGAGAUCUUGGAACAUGCUAUUCACGCGCUGGCCAGUGGCCCAGCGUUGAUUCUGGGGGUCGAGAAGCCGAACGCUGUCGCUGAACUACUGCAACUUGUCGGCCCGGGAGACCCAAGCGCCUGGACCGAGGGUGCAUCUUCCUGUCUUCGAGCUCGGUUUGCUAAAGACGCACCUCGAAAGCUCGGACUUCGCUGUAGCACUCACGAGAAGACAGCAACACACGAGUUAGCUUUCCUGCUAGCGCAUUCCGGUAACAAGACACACGCUUACGGCCAAGGCCACGCCGCUGUGACGCCCCCGAAUGGCAGAAGUGGUGGUAGGACAUCAGCCAUGGGGCUGGAUCAACUCCUCAACUUUCUGUUCCCGGACCACUUACAACAUCCGACUUCAGCAGGUCGAUUGUUCGUCUUUGGGCUCUAUGGGCCCCUAGACAAGUGCUCAAGGUUACGAAGCGGCGAGAAAGGCCUCCAUGUUGUCACUGAUCGUGAGCUCACGACUAUGUCGGCGCGUAUGGAGCGAGAAGAUAUUCUGGCGGUGUACGGCAUAUGCUCAUUGUCACAAGAAGAGGAAGAAGAAGUGGUGCGUCAAGUGGACAAUCUACUGAAACGGUUCCCACAGUAUACACCACGUGACAUCGAGACGCUAUUCGCUCCAUUGCCUCGAGAUUCCGACGGUCACAUGAGUUUCCACGACAUGCAGCAAGCUGUACUGAAGGAGCGUCUGCGUCGAGUGGUGUGUAUGAAAGAGCGGCUGCAUCCAGCACUGGCUGAACCCGUUCGCAACCGGUUUUCUCGCACAUUAACUCGCCUCACGGCAACAAAAACUGCUGGUUUAAUUAAUGGAGCGCCGUCGAGUUUCUUCCUCAGAGAUAUUGGAGCCACCAACGUGGAGAACGUAUCGUUGGUCUCUCGUCUGCUCAGUACCCGCUCGUCCCAGAUCUGCCAAAUGGAAGAUGGCAAUUCACCUGCGCUCACUCAGAACGUGCGCCUGGCUCGCCCCGACAAGGCCCAGGGCUUCACAGAGCGCGAGCCGUGGAAUCCAACAUAA